UCUUAAUAUGUCUUUUAGGAUGCCAAGGUGGAGGUCCCUGGAUUGAUUAAUUCUUCAGAGGCCCUGGUGAGCAUUUGCGUUAAAGCAAAUGCAUAUGAACCACCAGUGAUGCCAAUUUUUUCAGGUAAGUAGGACCAUCUUACCGUUUAUGAAGUAUAGUUCAAAUACUGUUCUUACGAUAAUAAUUAACUGUGUAUCAUCAUAUUAAGACUAUUCUGUUUCAUUAUUGCAGAUUUAGAAGCUCCUAGAAUUCAUGCUGGCAUGUCCAAUAACAGCGGAUACAUAGACCCAAUUCAGGAGCAAGGAUCUGAGCCAGAGGAGGCCACAAAGGAUGAUGGGAAUUCCACCUCUUCCAGUCAUCCUUUAGUACUUGACAUCCCUCAGUUUGGCUCAGAUCCAUGUGAUGAAACACAGGGCAUAGAAGGACCAUCUAACAGCCUUGUUGAGCCCAGAUCCCCCACCUCACUUGAAAAUUUCAACCUGGGACAAGUGUUGGGAGAAGGUGGAUUUGGAAGGGUGUUCCUGGCCCAGAACAAAAACACCAAACAACUAUGUGCCAUCAAGGCCUUGGAGAAGGCACAGAUUUUGGAAAAGGGCAACUUGAACAGGUGAGUAAAAGGGGAGUUGUUUUGCCCAUUUC